AGAUGGUUGAGGAACUUUCCUCCUGAUGACUCAUUGCUUCUUCUCACUCUGCCUGCAAACCAAGGCAUUAUUAUUCUAGAUUAGCAACAACAACAAAAAAAAAAAAUAGGAAUUAACUCAAUCAAGACUACUGGAACACAAACUUUCUUCAAAACUAGUUGUAGUCUUCUUCCAAGCUGUUAAGAUUAGUUUAAUUUGUCGUCAACUACUGGAAUCGAUCCAUUGUGAAAUCAGACAUCAGGCUGCUUCACUUGGUGAAGACUGUGGAGUGAAUCAUGCCCUCCGACUCUCUGACGCCUUUCCUGGAACUGGAUGAGGAGUUUUGCAAGAAUCUCUGUGUCCUGGAUGGGACAGAUGGACCCUCCUCGAGCUCGCUGCAGCGCAGUCAAAGAGUUCUGGGCUUUCAGAGACGCCACUCUCUUUGCCCUGUGACCCUUCCCAACUCCAAGUUCAACAGCAGCUCUGAAGUGAUGGAGUCGGCCUGCUGGGGGCUCAGCCAGGCCUCCAACCAGCAGUGGAACCGGGCGCUUCAACGCUCCUCGCUGAGUCACAUCCCUUUCAGAGUUGACCGCUCGGUCAGCAUGAUCGAGGGGAACAUCAGUAAUGUGGGGGGAAAAGAAGACAAAGUUCCGACUGCCUCCCCAUCAGUGCUGCUCCCACCACCAGGUCUGUGUCUCAGCAACACCUCUCUGGCCUCCACAGCCUCCUCCUCUUCCUCCAGACCGCCGGUGCUGCCACCGCCGCACAUCUCCAGCAGAUACAAGACAGAACUCUGUCGCACCUUUGAGGAGAGCGGGACCUGCAAGUACGGGGCAAAGUGCCAGUUUGCUCACGGCCUGGAUGAGCUGAGAGGACUCAGCAGGCACCCCAAGUACAAGACCGAGCCUUGUCGUACUUUCCACACGAUAGGCUUCUGCCCUUACGGUGCCCGCUGCCAUUUCAUCCACAACGCGGAUGAGAUUCAAAUGGCCGGCUCCGCUGCGGCUCCUCAGAGGCCGAAAGUGAGGCCUCCUUUGCUGCGGCACAGCCUCAGCUUUGCUGGCUUUUCCUCCACUGCCCACAUCUUCCAACCAGUUGAGGAGUCUCAGCCUUCCAGCCUCCUCUUUUCUCGAGCCUCCUCAGUGUCCCCCCCUCCCUCCUCUGGAAGCCCAGAGCUCCUCUCCCCUCUCUUUCCUGAGCCCAGGCCUCUGAAGCAUUGCCCUUACCCCUUCUCUGGCAUCAGUGACCUGGCAGGUGACAGCGGAGACGCUGCUCUGCGCCUCUACACCACAACUGAAUCUAAAUGUCCAACAUCCAGCUUCACCUCCAAGAACCAGAACCUCCCAGUGCACCUACCUCCUCAGCUUCCAGCUUCUCUGAACAGCUUCUCCUCCUUUCAGCGCUGCUCCUCGGCCGAAUCCCUUUCCGAGGAAGGCUACACAUCUUCCUGUUCCCUCAGCUCCUCCUCCAGCGGCACAGAGUCUCCAAGCUUCGAGGGCCGCCGUCUGCCCAUCUUCAGUCGCCUGUCUAUUUCAGACGAAUAGAGAACAGUUUGGGUUUGGGGGCUGCGUUAGAUCAGGAAUGGUCUAAACUCUCUGUGACUGUAAUAUAAGUUAGGGGUCACAGAAAAGUAAAAAAUUAGCUUUUCUGAUCCUUUCUAGGUCCAGCCGAGUGAAGGUACCUAUCUUUGUGCAUAUUGCAUUUCUUUUACCCAAGCAGCUGUAGUGCUGCUCAGUGUUUGUCCAGUUUUAGCUGACUCCCUUUUGUGUUUAUUGUUUUACUGACUAUUUUUGUGGUAUUUUUAUUAUAUUUUAUGCCAUUGUAACUGCUGUAUACUGUUGUAUACCUGUGUUUUAGAGAAUAACCGAAGGGUAUUCGGCUCAGCGUUCGUCUCCAUGCUGUUCCUGCUCAGUGGAAAGUUCUGUGUGAGAAUUUUCUGUACCCUAAUUUUGAGAUGUUGUGUUCUCCUUUGCUUUGUCUCCUCCAAGACAGCGUGCAGUUCGCCAUUACAGACCUUAUUUCUAGAAAUCUGCCUGAAAAGGUCCACUGGGUCAUAUGUUUCCAUUUAGGAUUCUCCAGCUUUAUUAAAUUGAUCUCAUCCUUGUCUAAGUGUUAGAGGAUUCAGUAACUGUAUGCUGUCACUGAUUGAUUAGUUGAUUGGUUGCAUGGCUGUGGCCACAUGAUUGUAUUUUUAACUGUCUGGCAAUGAUUCAGCUGAACUGCCUUAGCACGGAUCGUAGAAAUCUCUAGUUACCAAAGUUGCUCUAACAUACUCCCUCUGUUAACCCUUAGCCUUAGCUACGGCAGGUUAUAUACAGUGUUUUAACUAUUGAUAUAGCCUAACAUGUUCCUAGGACUAUUUAUUUCUUUUUGCUUGUUUUAUUUCUUCUUAAUUUGUGUUGAGGAUUUAAGAAAAAAAAAGAGAAGAAACUACGCUACACUUUAGCAGCGAUGUUUUCCAUCUGCUUGUUCAACUGGAAGCUUUAAUAAAACGGCUAAUGGAGAGGAGGGGAAGGAAAGGAGGAAGCAAGCAUUUUUUUGGCAUUCUUUAUUUUCUGUUGCCUUAUUGGCUGACGGGCCGAGCAGCGAUCAACACUUUUAGGUUUUGGUCUCAGCAAGCAACUUGGUGGACUGGCCUCGGAAAGCUCGUCGGCCAUUCUGCCUUCCUCUCCAUUAAGCUUCACAUAUUUUAACUGUAAAGUAAUCUGCUGCAAAUAUAAAUGUGGGGUAAUCAUCAGUCAACCGUUUGGAGUGUAUUUUGUUGUAAGAAUAAUUGUGGGGAUGUAUUUUGACAUGCAGCUCCGUCAUGACUGUUUUUUUUUUUUAUUACCUUUGUAUUAUAAUGUUAUAUAUUAGAGUUUUUUUUUCAGAGUUGGCUCCAUGACAAUGUGUUUGUAGCUUGACUUCUGUUGCACAGCAGCUAUCUGGCCGGCAGGUGAAAUCAUGUGAGUUUGAAGGAAGACGGAAAGUUUCUGUUCCAGUUUUCUCUUGAAAUCAUCCCAACCACCUGCCCUGAUGAGGCCAGAGAUGUUUCUUGUAUCUGUAGCUUUUUAACGACUCGGCUGCAAGAUGUUUCUU